AAAAUUAUAUAGAUAUAUACAAUUGUGUGUAUAUGUGUGUAUGUGUGUGUGUGCACAGACACGUUGCCCUUGCUAUAUUUCUUCACCAGUUCUGAAUUCAGACUCAUCUGUAUCUCUCUCUCUCUCUUCUUUCUCUCUCUACAUAUAAUUUAGGGAUAAUUGAAGACGAGUAGUCUCGUUAUCCUUUGGGGAUAAUUGAAGAUACGCAAAAUUGUUUUUUGUUUUUGCUUUUUUUUUUCCGUUCGUUCUUCGUUGAAGAUUGAUUUCGCGGUACACAUUUUUGUUGUACAGAUCUUUCGAUUUUCAGAAACCCUAGUUAGUUGUGGGGCAGGAGUUUGCCCUAUUUAUAAUAGAUUUAGCUUCGGCAGUUUGACUUGUUUUGUUUUUUUUUGGGGGCUGCGUAUCUUUUUAGUUAGCCCUAAUUUUUAAUUUUUUUCUCCAGUUUUUGUGGUUGGAAGAAUAUUUUUGGGUGUUCGAAGGAGGGAAUUUGUUGUAGUUUUAUUGGAGUAUUAAGAUUUUUGAAAUGGAUGGAUAUGGUGAUGGGGGCAGUAUGCAAGAUUCGUUUAAGCUUCAGGAUCCUAGACCAUUUGCUGCAAAUCCAACAGGUAAUGCUUUAUUUGAUGCUUCACAAUAUGAAUUCUUUGGCGGUGAUGCGGUGGAGGAGGUUGAGCUCGGCGGAUUAGAUGAUGAUGAGGAUGAUCUUGCUCGAGUUGGGCUGGAGGAAGAAGAGUUUCAGUUGGACAAGGAAGAGGGAGAUGUGUUGGAAUCUUUAUCCGAGAUCGACGAUCUUUCAAGCACAUUUACAAAGUUGAAUUCAGUUGUCAGUGGGCCCACAAGUGCGGGAGUUAUUAGAGAUUGGGGAUCCCGAGAAAGUUCAUCUGCUGCUGAGUUGGCACAAGAUGACUGGUUCGAUCAACGUGCUUUUGGUGCUGAAAACAUUCACGAAAAACAAACAAUGGUCCUCACAGCAAUAUUCUUCAACUGCCCGAAUUAUGGAACCCGAUCCCUUGCACAGGACGUCUUCAUAUCCCAAGCAACACCACCCGAAUGUACACAGCAAAGCUUACAUCAUCAGCAUUCCAGCGAACCAAUUCUCGUUCCAAAGAAUCCAUUCACUUCUUAUCCACCGCCAGGUGGCGGCAGAUCUCUGCACGGCUCUCCCAACAGCCAGUCUGGUCUUCUCAACAUUUCAUAUAACUCUCAGCUUCAAUUGAAUAACGCUUUGCCUCACGGCUCACAAUUUGGUGCAAAUGUACCUCAGUUACCGAUUAAUAGCCAACUCCAAAACCAAUGGAUGAAUCAAAGUACUUCAUACCCUGGGAAUCGCUCCGCCCUUCCAAACAACCUCUCGCCCCAACAGCUGUCUCAUCUGAAUGGCUUAGUGCCACCUCAGAUGAUGCCACCUCAGCAAACUCGAAUGCAGCACCCCUUUCAGGGCCCGCCGCCGCCUUUCAACCAAUUGACCGGAUUGCAGUCUCAACUAUUCAACCCCCACCUCUCUCAGUCUCCACCGAAUUUCGACCUGCAAGAUUUGAGAGAUCAAAGAGCUAUGUCAAUGCUGAGGGGUAAUAGACAGGGUAUUAUGCGUUAUCCACCGAAUUUCGGCUCUGAUUCUGGUGGGCACAGGAGCCACAACGGGUGGCCUAGGUUUAAAUCCAAGUACAUGAGCGCCGACGAAAUCGAGAACAUUCUUAGAAUGCAGCUUCAAGCCACUCACAGCAACGACCCCUACGUCGAAGAUUAUUACCACCAAGCUUGUCUGGCGAGAAAAUCCAACGGUUCGAAGAUGAGGCAUCACUUCUGCCCAACUAAUAUAAAAGACGGUUCAUCGAGGGCUCGUGCGAAUAACGAGCCGCAUGCUUUUCUCCAGGUCGAUGCACUCGGUAGGGUUAACUUCUCUUCGAUACGUAGGCCCCGCCCACUUCUUGAAAUGGACCCACCAAAUUCUAGCGUUAGUGGUGACUCGAAAAUUCUCGAGAAACCUUUGGAGCAAGAGCCUAUGCUUGCAGCCAGGGUGGUUAUUGAAGAUGGACUUAAUCUCUUACUUGAUGUGGACGAUAUCGACAGAUAUUUACAGUUUAACCAGCUCCAAGACGGUGGAGCCCUCUUGAGACAGAGGAGGCAGGCUCUUCUAGAAGGUUUAGCUUCGUCACUUCAGCUCGCUGACCCGUUGGGCCAAAACGGGCACACGGUUGACUUGGCUCCGAAAGAUGACUUUGUGUUCUUGAGGUUGGUUUCUCUUUCAAAGGGAAGGAAGCUUCUCUUGAACUUUCUUGAACUUCUUUUGCCAGGUGAACUCACACGAGUUGUCUGCAUGGCUGUUUUCCGAAACUUGAGGUUCUUGUUCGGCAUUCGCCACGCGGAUCGUGGAGUGUCGGCGACAACUGGUGGCCUCGUAAAGGCCGUUUCGUCCUUGGUCAACGGUAUGGACCUAAAAGCCCUCGCCGCCUGCCUGGCGUCGGUCGUGUGUUCGCCGGAGCACCCGCCUCUCCGGCCCAUCGGAAGUCCUGCCGGAGAUGGAGCCUCCGUCGUUCUGAAAUCUGUUCUCGAUAGGGCCACCGAGCUUCUGACCGACCCUGUCGCCGCUAGCAACUGCAGCUCGUCUAACAGGGUUUUCUGGCAGGCCUCCUUCGACGAGUUUUUCGGCCUGCUCACUAAGUACUGCUUUAGUAAAUACGACUCCGUAGUGCAAUCGUUUAUCAGUCAGGGCUCGACAGACGUAGCUUCCAUUGCUGCUGACGUGGCGAAAGCAAUUACUCGAGAAAUGCCCGUCGAACUAUUACGUGCGAGCCUCCCUCACACGAACGAGCAGCAGAGGAAAGUACUGUUGGAAUUCGCGCAGCGAUCUAUGCCCGUUUUGGGAGGGAGUGGUGGCUUAUGAGAUUAUUACAGGGUUCUUGGCAAAUCUUAUUGGAGAAGUUCGGUAAACGGUAAUCAUUUAGCAAGAAAAGAUUAAUAUUUUAGUUUCUUAUUUUUCGUUAAUCGGGCAAGUUUGUUCGUUUCGCAGGCAUGUUAUAGAUUUUUUCACCAUCUAUAUCUUUGUUGUGACAACAUGGUGGGGGAUUUGUUUUUUUUCUUUUUUUUUUUUUUCUUUUAUAAGUUUGCCGUGUGUGUGUGUGUGUGUUGGAGUUAACUGUGAUUGGCUGGGAUUAAGGUUCUUGAGGAGCUUAUUAUUUUGAUGCUCUUUUGUGAUAUCAUUACUUACUUAAUGGCGUAGUUGGGGAGUUUAGUGUUUAGAGAUAUGUACAGUUGCAGUACAAUAUAUAUAUUGUUGGCAAAUCUUUUUAUUUUAUCUUUUCCUUUUGAUACUAUUUU